UGCCGCCGCCGCCGCCACACACUCGCACUCGCUGGCUCACUCACUCACACGCACGCAGUCCGUAGCGUCCGCCAGACUCUCUCGGUUAUUAUUUUGUUUGAUUUUCCGUUUUUAAAAACACUAUUUAUAUUUUAUUAUUAUAAUAUAUUAUAAUAUGUAAUGUGAUUAAUAAAACAACACCAAUAACGUCGACAACAAUAAUAUUGUAAAACUGCUCAGUUUUGUCGGGUUUUUGCCGUUUUUGUACGUCGUCGUCAUCGUCGUUUCCGCCGCGGUAAUCGUGUGUUGUGUUUCGGUUGAAGUAUAAAAAUACUAUAUCGUGAUAAUUAUAUUUUUUUGUAUACAAAUUAUACGAUUAUCGCGUAUUCCUGUUACGAAUAAUAACGCUACGUUAUUAUACACGCGUUUUUUGAUAUUUUUACAUAAUAUAAAUAUUAUUAUAAUUAUUUUUGCGUUCUGUUCGCACAACUAUAACCGUCGCGAUUCCGUUACAAAUCGCAUCGCGUUAUUAUAUCAUCUAUAAUAUCGUUUCGUAACGUGUAACGUCGCUGUGUUCUCCGACAAGAUGGCCCAUGGCGCUCCGGACGAACCCGUCGGCAAGGUGGAAGAGAAGCGACCCAAGGCGCCAGUUGGAUCCAGGCGCAUAUUUCCUCCGCAGUUCAAGUUGCAGGUGUUGGAUUCAUAUCGACAAGACUCCGAUUGCCAGGGGAAUCAGCGAGCCACGGCUCGCAAGUACGGUAUUCAUCGCCGUCAGAUCCAGAAAUGGCUGCAGACAGAGACCAGCUUGCGGUUGGCUGUGCAACAAGCUUCAGGCGCUCCCAAACCUCAAAAAAUUACUGCUAAUGCUGUAACGACAGUUGCUGUUGCUGCAGCUAUUGCGGACACUACGUCUGGUUCAGAUAGUGAUGUAAAUGUGGAAGACUUAUCUGACACCGAAGACUCUGCUCUGGAUUUAUCCACCACUUGCUUAGAUCUGACCAAGCGCAAACGCGAAGAAGAAGAUCUCGAUCCAUGCAAGAGACGACCUUUGGUUCCAGUCACGUCUACUGAGCGACCCUUAUAUGUCAGCCCCAUCAGAUAUCCUUACAUCGAUUAUCCCCUAUUCUAUUGUUGGCCACCAUGUUGUUACAGGCCGCCGUGCUAUGUAGAGCGACCUGUACCCCAAAGACUGACUUGUUCAUUGGAUUUGAAAGUGUGCGCUUAUGAGCCAAAAGAACCUUCUCUUUUGGAUAUAUCGUACCCUCAACAUUGGAACAAACAGCAGGACUACAGGUUUCCAAGUUCGGUAUGAAAUACCAAUGUGUUCACAUGGAUUACGCUUGUUAUUUUUGCACUGUAAGUAUGAAAUAAAUAUGAAGAACUUUUCGGAUGAUCUUUGCAACUGUUUGAAUUGAAUUGAAAGAAAAGAUAAUUGAAGUGUUAUUUAAUAUUAGUACCAUUUUAUUAAAAUUUUAGUUUAAUAUCAAUAUCUUUAAUACCUACAAUUGUAUAGGGAAUUUAAAUUAUAUAAAUUGUUGAAAAAGAACAAAAUAUAUUUAUGUUUAUUUAUAUUAUGAAUAUGAAUCUAUUUUUUCUAUUCAAUUUAAUAUGACAAAUGCAUAUAAAAAAUGACAUUAAAAUAUUGUACAGAAUCACUCUGUAUUGUAGUAUGUUCUUUAAAAUGUUAAGGCUAUGACAUUAUACCAUAUCAAUUAAGAAUGUAUUGUUUGAAGUUUAGAACACUUAAGAUAUGUAUUUAACUACUUAAAUAGUAUAGGAUUGGAGCAAAAACUUAUUUAUUAACCAUAUAAAAUUUUGCAAUAAACCAUUUUCAAAAGACUUGAUACUAUAAAUUAUUUUAAAUUGUAAAAAAUUCAUUCAUUUAAAUUUUAUUUUUUUUUUUUAAUAUAUAUUAAAACAUUAUAUAAUUAUUCUAAAAAAUGAUAUUUAUAUAUACAUAUAUAUAUAUAAACAAAUAUAAAUAUAAUAACAUGUUAAGAUUUAUUUGUUAGAGUUCCUAUAUUAAGGCUAGAUGUAUCAAAUAAAGCUUUUGAAUUCAUUUGAAAUGGCUCAAUGGAGCAAUUAAAACAUGUGCCAAAAAAUUAAGUUCAAAAAAAUUGCUCAAAAUUUGUUUGUCUUCCGUAAACUAAAUUAUUAUUUUUUUUUUUUUUGGUGCUGUCAGGUUUUUCUGUAUUAUGUGCCUUAUAAUAAUUUAUCAUGAUAUGUUGUCAAUAAAAAAUAAUAUAUGAAGUCUCCUAAGGACCGACUUCUUGCUCAAUUGAAUCUUUACUAAUGUUUAUAUAUUAUGAAUAAGAUUAUAUACUAUAUGAAUACUAUAAUUUAUUUUGUAAAUGUUAAUUUGUAGAUGUAUUACAUUAUGUGUAUAUUUUUAUAAAAAGAAGACAAUGUUUUGUAAAGUUACAUUUAUUUUAAUGAAAUUUAAUCAUAUAUAUGAAUUGUUAUUGUUUUAAACGUAUUAUUGAAAUUUCAAAAAAGUUAGGUUAUGCUAAACUUAUUACAUACAUAUUUUCUGUUUGCAUAUGUAAAAAAAAAUUAAAUAUUAUUUGAUAUUGAAUGUAAUUUAUAUGCUUAUUUUGUUAUUAAAUAUUUUAUGAAAUACCUAUAUUAUUAUAAAAUAAAAAAUGAUUUAAGCCUUUUUA